ACAAGGUCAUUCACACGUGUAUGAUGAUCCAUUUGAGCUGCGACAGCUGAAGGAGGAGGACAUAUUCUCGCCAAGAAGUUCUUUCACCAGAGGCGAAUUCUGAAUUUGUGUUAUUUGCUAUCUAAAAGUGUCUAAAAUGGCCAGAGGAAGUCGCAGUCGUUCCGCGCCAGCACCAGCAAGCCAUCCGCCGCCGUCCUAUGCACCUGCCCCAGCACCAGCCCCACCCGCUGCCCUGGCGCCUGCUCCCGCCCAGCCAAAACAGCCAGGCCUCAUGGCACAGAUGGCCAGCACGGCAGCCGGAGUCGCCGUUGGCUCAGCCGUAGGGCAUGUUGUGGGCCAUGCCAUUACAGGAUCCUUCAGUGGGGGCAGCAGCAGUAGCAGCAGCUCCCCAGAACCAGCCAAACCUGCCACCACAUACCAGGAGGCCCCCAGGCCCCUCCCUCCCCAGCAGGGCCCUUGCCACUUCGAAAUACGACAGUUUCUGGACUGUGCCACGACCCAGAGUGACCUCACUUUGUGUGAGGGCUUCAACGAGGCCCUGAAGCAGUGCAAAUACUCACAUGGUGUGCAGUCACUGGUUUGAUGGAGUGGGCGUUGAAAAAACAAGACAACACUCAACUGAUUUCGAAGUAUGAUCAGAAACCACUCUCAUUAAAAUAUACCCUCAUCUGCUGUAUAAACUGUUGUCUG